AUGAAGAAGACCGUGGUAUUAGUCACAUUUGGUGUCCUUGUGACCCUGUUUGUUUUGAACACCCUGAUUCUUCUCUCAUCAUGGAAUUUGACUCCACGUAUUAAAUCACAUAAAACCUCCAGUCAGAUGGAACUUCCACUGAGUUUGCAAGGUUUCAAACAAGAACAACACCCAAAAACAGAAACAAAGAAAUUAUUCACCACGCUUGGUAUUAAGAAAUCAACUGAACCAUCUGUUAAAAUCAACACAUUUAACAAGAGGACUCCCCGAUCUAAUCUCAUUAUAUUGAGCCCAGGCAGAGGAGGAUCUUCAUUCUUAGGAGGAGUAUUUGAUGCUAAUCCUGAUAUCAUGUAUUGGUUUGAGCCGCUACACACUUUAUCCCGCGGCAUAUAUGAACUCCAUUUGUACAAAGACAAAGAGAGAAAAAUUCAGUACAGCAAAACUGCUAUCAACCUAAUCAAUAGCUUUUUCAACUGCAGUUUCACUCAGAUCCCUAAAGACAUUAUGUCUGCAUUAUCUAAUAGCAUAUUUCGGAUGCGAAGUGCAUCACUGAGCAGUAGCCAUUUGUGCCCAACAAAAAACAAAAGGAAAAAGUGUCUGCCUUACUCAGCGGAAUUACUUAACAAAGUUUGUCACUCCUCUAAACAUACUGUACUCAAGAUCUUGAUUCAUCGUUUACCAAACAACACUCUGGAAAGUUUUCAGGAAAUUUUCCAGCAACAGAGAUAUAAUUCAAAACUGAUUCACCUAGUUCGUGAUCCAAGAGCUGUGGCAUAUUCCAUGGUCAACUCAGUCCAAUGGUUAAAUGUGACCAGUGAAUCACAUCAAAGAUUUCGCGACACUCUUCAGAGAAUUUGUACCUACAUUGAAAGAAACAUUAAAUUUGGCAUGUUUUCUUCUCCUUCAUGGCUAAAAAAUCGCUUUCGAGUGAUACGCUUCGAAGAUUUUGUUAUUAAUACAACAAAAAUAGCAAAGGAUCUCUACAAAUUUACAGGGUUUGAUUGGUCUGUAAAUGUUAAUAAAUGGAUUGAAAAACAUCAGAAAAAACCGCACAAAAAUAAUGAAAAGGAUCCUUAUUCACUUUAUAGAGACGCUUCGCUGGUUAUAAACAAGUGGAAGAAAGCUCCACGGAGCUUAAUUACAGCAGUAGAGCAAGUUUGUGGUAAUUUGAUGGACAUGCUUGGCUACGAAAGAAUGAUUAAAUCAGAACAAUUGGAAAAUGAGAAUCGUAACUCAUUUGUGAGAACCUGA